ACACCCCCAGCUCUGACCGGGCGGCCGAUGCAGGAUAUGCAUGCACGGUGCUUUUUGCAGAUAUACCAAAUCAUGGGCGUCCUCACGGCCCAUCUCCAGAUCGGUGUAUAAAUUUUACUUAAUUCCAGGUGCAUAUGGGGAGGGUGGCCCAAGCAGGUUACCGACGGAGGACCCAUUCCGUGGCUUUCUUUCCAGAGCCAAGUAGCCCCUUUCGCAAUCCCUGAUUUAAAUCCGGACCAUGCUUGUGUACCUAUCCGCUCAGCUCUUUGUCUCCAUUCGUGAGCUGCGACGACCAAGGUCGCACUGCAUCCUGCAACUAGGAUGGCUGUUGUCGAAAGCUGCUUCGUGUCCAGUACCAGCCGUGGUGCGCCGGUCUGUGCACUCGGAGUUUCCGGGAUGCUCCAGUGCGCCCAGCUGCUGGAUCUCUGCCCCCGUUCGGAGUAGUACCAGACGGGAGAUCUUUGCCAGCAGCCCAGGGCGUACGGAGUUCUAGUGCGGAA